CUGUUAGCUCCCCACUUUACUAAAUGUCGAUAACCUUAUGAAAGAGUUCAAUCUUGAUAACAGCGUUUAAUCAUAGGGUAUUUUAAAUUCUUCUUUCCCAUCAACUGACAAAUUAAACAUCUCUUUUUCCACUUAAAAAGUAUUCACAUGACUUACCAUGCUGUACGUAAAAAUAUUUUGCCUUUUAUAGUUCAACAGUUUAAGACAAUUCAUUAUUAAAUAAAGAAUGACUGUGGCGGUGCUUUAUCUCACUAUUGCAGUUCUUGGACAUGCAUCUGGACAGACUCCUCAACAGGUUAAAAGUCUUAUCACUGAUCUGUUCUCUAGCUAUGACAAGAGGAUCCGGCCGGUGUCUGACCAGUCAUUACCUGUGAUUCUGGAUGUCAGCUUAAACCUCAUCAGCAUCAUCGGAGUAGAUGAAGUGAACGAAAAACUGGAAACCUCGGGAUAUUUAACAGUACAGUGGCAGGAUUCCAUGCUUACAUGGGAUCCUGCAGUUAACAAUGGCAUUGAAAGAAUAUUUUUGCCUCAGAACGAAAUUUGGAAACCAGAUCUAGUACUCGGUAAUGGUUUUAAAAAGUUUGAAGAGUUUGGAGGAAGCUUUUAUUUUGUUGAUAUUCUCAAUACAGGCAAUGUAUUAUGGCAGCCUUUCCAGGUAUUUGAAAGUCACUGCGCCAUCGAUACAACUUACUUUCCGUACGAUAAAGAAGUCUGUGAGAUAGUGUUCCUUGUUUGGAGUUACACCGUUUUUGAUGUGGAAAUUCGUAAAUCUGCUGAAGGAGUCGAUCUUAUUGGCUACAAAGAAAGUGGCGUUUGGGAAAUAACACACACAGAAGCCAGAGUAAGCAAAGACUCGGUAGAAUCUAAGGUCACGUUUUCAAUCCAUCUGAAGAGAAAGCCUUUAUACUUUGUACUCAAUAUCAUAGUUCCUAUCCUGUUUCUCGGAUUGCUCACAAUUCUUGUUUUUGUUUUACCCGUUGACAGCGGGGAAAAGAUGUCGUAUGCGAUGACCGUAUUUCUGUCUUUUGCAGUUUUCCUUACAAUCAUCAAUACCCAGUUACCCGUUAGUUCAGACAGCACGUCAGUUUUAAGUUUUUACCUUUUACUUCAAAUGUCAAUGGGCGUAUUGAUUUUGGUAAUCACGGCCUUGCAAAUUCGUCUUCACCACAGAGAUGCAGCUGUUCCAAUAUCAAGAUUGUUUAGAAUAAUUGUUAAUUUCGAACGAUGCUUAAAGUGCUAUAAGUCUUGUCUAUCAUCGAAGGCUUCUACAUCUCCUUUAAAAUCAGACAAGGAGAAGCACACUGACAAUUCUCUGGAAAUGCCUGGGGAAAUUUUACAGGAAACCAACGAUUGUGAAUGGAAGGACGUAGCAUCCGCCAUAGACUCCUUGGCUUUCUGGUUCUUUUUGAUAUUGUACCUUAGUCUUACGGCACAUUUAUUCCUCUCUAUCGCAAUAUAAA